GGACCAUUUUGUCUUUCUGCCGGUUAAAUCACACAGCUUUUUGUUCGAGUUCCCACAGACGGCGCCAAUGUUUCGGCAGCUUCGCAAUCCAACACUGUUGAAGUCCUUAGCUGCUUCUACACCUGAAAAUCCCGAGGAUGUUUCCUCGGGGAAAACACUCCAACGCUCAACCCCAAGUGCUGACAUGUAUCUGCACAUGUUUCCAGAAACACCGGGUAUAUGGACAAAAGAGCAGGUUCAGGCAUGGAAACCUAUCGUUGAUGCUGUUCAUGCCAAAGGUGGGAUCUUCUUCUGCCAGAUUUGGCAUGUGGGGAGGGUCUCAAAUACAAGUCUUCAACCCAAUGGUCAAGCUCCAAUCUCUUCCACAGACAAGGCAUUAAAACCACUGGGUAGAGCUGAUGGUGAAGUUAUUCAAGGAAUAUUCUCACCUCCACGGCGUUUAAGGACUGAUGAAAUUCCCAAAAUUAUCGAUGAUUUUAGGCUUGCUGCGAGGAAUGCCAUUGAAGCUGGUUUUGAUGGAGUUGAGAUUCAUGCAGCUCAUGGCUAACUAAUUGACCAGUUUUUGAAAGAUCAGGUAAAUGAUCGAACAGACCAAUACGGUGGAUCUCUAGAGAACCGCUGCAGAUUUGCCUUGGAAAUAGUUGA